UAUCCGACGGUGCAUGGCCAGUCCGGCACAGUAUGCUUCGUAUGCGUUCUUUGGUCUUGUAGUGAUUGUAUGAGAAUUUUGUUGUGUGCUAUAGGGCUUCUUCGUAUUAUUGUUCCUAAUGUCAAUUAUAUGAGAAUUAUUCAGUUUUCUGUUUUGUGAAUUAUUUUUAGUGUAGAUAAUUGUGUUGAAACUAAACAGUGUAAUGCAUUUGAGGAUAUAUUUACUCUUAACUACGUGUGCCCUUUUAGGACAUACACAAACAAUAGAGACGAGCACACGAGCCGCAUCGUCGGCGCACGAUGAGAUCUACAUCGAUGACGAGUCGGCCCUGGAAGGCAGUGGCGGCGGCAGAGGCGAAAUCCGCGACGACCUCGAGAGCUCCGGCAGCGGCUACGGGCCCUUAGACAACGACGACGACGAGGACAACGCGCUAGCGCGAUCCAACUCGGCCGGAACGCCCUACAAAGGCGGUACUGUCGAUCACGACCUAGGAUUGCCAUCAGGUUCGGGGCCCAUUAUUGUGCCCGCCGAUAACGACGACGAUAGUAGUACUGAUAGUGAUGAUGAUGAUCUUUAUAUUAAAAACGAGGACAUUGAACCGACUCUUACUAAGGAAAACGUUAAAGGAACAAACAGUCAAUUGCCUACAACUCACGACAAUAACGAGAUCGAACUGAUCGAAUCUGGUUCUGCGAACACUGGCGUGGGGUCGAACCCCAGUGCGACAGAUAACGACAACGUCCGCCAAAACGGGAACGAGGUGUUCGUCAUGGACCCCAAACAGGUCGACCCCUCGGCCAGCUUCUUCGCCCAACCUGGCAUAUUGGCUGCCGUGAUAGGUGGAGCCGUAGUCGGUCUGUUAUGCGCGAUACUGGUAGUCAUGUUCAUAGUAUACAGAAUGCGUAAGAAAGACGAAGGCUCAUAUGCCUUAGAGGAGCCCAAACGCUCACCAGCCAGCAACACAUACGCUAAGAAUUCUAAUAACCGUGAGUUUUAUGCCUGAGAGGCUGUGCUAUCCGUUAUCGGGGAUUCUCAGUUGACAUCCACUAUCAAUACUUUUGUACCAGCCUAAUAUCUCAAUUAUGCACUUAUUGACAAAGAAUCUGUGAUCAGGAAUCAUGCACAGAACUACAUGAUAUUGUGCUUUGCAGUACUUAGCAAAGGACUUGAAGUUUGACAAUUGGGCACAAAUGUUUUUGUAUGCAUUUCAUAAUUGUUUAAUGAAACAGUAACUAUAUUAUAUGUCAUGAAAUAUUAUUUAGCGACUGGUAGAUUUGAUAUCGUGUCAGAAUCACUCAAGUCUUUGAAUAAGUAAAAAUGCUGCUAGCAAAUGCUGUUUACUGAUAUAAGUUUUAUUUGAACUAUUAUUUAUUUGUUGUUAAAUUCAACUCUAUAUAAUAUUCUGUAUAGGUUAAGAGUCCUAGUGGCUUAUUAAUAUAAGAUGGUACCUAUGGUUAAAAUGAUAUUUUGAAUUUAGAACAGAACAAAAAUAAUUACAAAGCAUUUUGAGUAAUAAUUGUACAUUAUUUGCGUAAC